CAUUGGCAUUCCUCCUAAGCGCGAGGUAUUGGCUCUUCAAGCAGACGCUUCAGAGCAACAGCACUCACAUUCUACUAGGUAUUUCUCGGAUUACCCACAUCCGAUCCGACUCAGGGUUCUCUUCAAGGACGUCUACUUUAACCAAGGCCCCGCCAACGUAGCUGCGCUCUUCAGAAACAAGACCCUCUCCGGUUUCUUCAUGCAUUCCGAGAUCUUAUAUUCCUGCUUCGGCUUGUCUCGGCAGGCAUUGAAGGCCUAUAAGCGGGAUGACUCCGGCCCAUACGCCAACCCGUACCCAGGGACUAACGUCGAGGCGAGGAACCGUCUAGAGUAUCGGACUUUUAUUUCACACCAUCAGUUUCUCAUUGGCUCCGGCUUCGCGCCUCUCUGCAAGCGAUUCGAAAAGAGUAUAGCUAGCCACUUUAACGCUUUCCGGUCGGGGAUCUCUGGGGAUUGGGUCCACGGAGAGGACUUUAUGCAUGUCUUCAAGCACACGCUCCUUGCGCCUGCCCUCAUCGAUUCCGUCGUUGGGCCCGCUCUGCUUGAGCGCGACCCGGACUUCUUGGCCAACUUCUGGACCAUCGAUGACAACGUCUGGAGUCUCACGAGUAGGCUACCUAAGUUCCUCAUACCGAAGCCGCAUGUAGCACUGAAUAAAUGCCUCGCCGCGGUCAAGGAGUGGCAUGCUUGGGCUAAGGAGCACUCCGAUCCCACGGCGACAACUGUCGAUUCUGGUGAAGACGAUGCCUACUGGGGCUCGAAGUUCGUCCGAGAGAGGCAGGUUUUGUUCUCAACCAUAGAUGGGCAGAAUCAGGAUACCAUCGCAUCCCAAGAUCUGGGGUUUCUAUGGGGGAGCAACCACAACACCGUCACCUCCGCAUUCUGGCUCUUCGCAGACGUUUUCCUCAGACCAGAACUCCUACAGCGCAUCCGAAAAGAGGCCGGAUCGUGCCAGAUCGAAAGUCCAGAGCGCGGCCUACCAAAGUUCGACAUGGAGCGCCUGCAGCGCCAGCCCUACGCUCAAGCCGUCUACGCCGAGACGCUCAGACUGCGCACCCACGGCGUAAUCCUACGCCAACCCUCACAGGACCUCCAAUUAAACGAAUGGUCCAUCCCCAAAGGCAGCCCCGUCGUCACUAGCUCCACGACCGCGCACAUGAACGCCGCCGUGUGGUCCGCUCCACAGCGCGGUUCGCGUCCCGCAACCGAGUUCUACCCUGAGCGAUUCUUCCUUCCCAAAAGCGAGAGCGCGGAGCCCGAGUUCUCCAUGUCCGGCACUGAUGGCUCAUGGGUGCCCUUCGGCGGCGGCGUGCAUGCAUGCCCUGGGCGUCGCUUCGUCAAAUACGAGACCAUCCUCACACUCGCUAUCCUCGUCACCGUGUUUGAUAUUGAAAUCCUUGCCAGCAGGAAGGAUCUGGAGAUGAGCGAGCGGAGAUUUGGGUUUGGAGUGUUGGAGCCUAGGGGCAGAGUGCCGUUCAGGAUUCGGGCUCGUGCUAGCGUGUAGAUGGGCGGUCUCGGACGGAGAGUAUUCCGCUUGUAAUGAUUUGCUGGGUAUUCUUGAUUGAUGAAAGUGGCUAGGGUCGCUCAUCCGGGCGGGCCAAGGGGCCCACGGCAUCCGCGUCUUUUCUUUUACUGUUGAUGAAAGACCAAACGCCGAGGAGAGGGCGGGAGAUUCCUUCUACAUGAGUAGCCGUCUAUGGCGGCACAGUUCGGUACUCAUAGCUUUUUCUGCGUUAGGGAAGAGUCAUCCUUAGGAAGCGGCUGAAGUAACUGGACUGGAUGGAGAGCGAGAGGGCUCCAGGGGGCUUCUCUCGAUGAAUCGCAGGGCGAUUCGCAAGGACCAGCGAAUUUCCAUUAGCAGCGCUCUAUCAUUCACCUAAUGCAGUCUGCUUCUAUUCGAGCAAGUAUGAGUGGCACCC